AUGUGGAUGGAUAAUGGUGAACUGAGUCCAUCCAGGAGGAUGGUGAUUAGGACACAAGUCAGCAUCAGACUACCACCACCGGCCUGCCACCACCACCAAUUAACGCCGCCGCCACCACCAUCGGUCACCGCCGCCGUCACGAUCACCGCCACCACCCCUAGUCAACAUUAUUUGAUAAACUCAAAGAAAUCUCAAGAACUAUCAGAUUUACAUCAAGGAAAGAAAUGUCAAAAAUACACAAUGGUUGAAGAUCUGGACACAUGCGCCACUCAAAUCCCAAUGGCCGAAAUUACAGAUGAAGGAGAAAUAAAGCAAUCAUGGCCGAAGUUGUAGAAUAAGGGAGACCCAGAGUAGUCGGUGAACGGAGUUGCAUAAGGAGGGAGAAAUAGAGAAGUUGUCGAUUGAUUAUAGCGGAUCUGUUCAUCAGAUCGACUGCGGCCGGUUCAAACGAUCUCCUUCUCCCUUGAUUUUCUAGUGGUGUUUAGGGUUCAUCCUUUACAAGAUCGACGGCGUAUGGGGUCGAGUCGCAGCGGAUCUGUUCGUCGGAUCGACGACGAUGGUAGGGUUUCAGAAGGUGGUGGAGGAAACGUUGAAAUGUGGUAGCUAUAAAAGCGGAUUUGUUCGUCUGAUCGACGACGACGCUAGAGGAUCUGCUGAAAACCCUAAGGAUAAAGAAGAAGGUGGUGGAGGCAAUGUUGAAUUGUGGUAGCAACGACUGAUUAACAGCAAGAAUGGCAAAGUUAGUGAUGGUUUCUGUCAAGAAUGGUGUUGAUUUCUGGUGGAGAAGACGAACCGAGAAGGUGACGACGAUUUGACGUUGGUUUCCGGUGAGAAUGGUGGUGAUUUUCCGGCUAUCUGGUGGUGUCCAACGGGAUAAGGAAGAAAGAGAAGAGAGUGUGUGUGUGUGUUAGAAGAUGAAGGGUUUAAGGU